AUGAAAAAAUUAUACGCAUGGUGGGUGCCGCGAUUGCUUACAGUUGACCAAAAACGCGUUCGUAUGCAAAUUUCACAAAAAUUUUUGGACCUCUUUAAGAGAAAUACAACUGAUUUUCUGCGACGGUUUGUUACCACAGACGAGACUUGGGUUCACCACUAUAUACCUGAAUCAAAAAUUCAGUCUAAACAAUUGACGGAAAAAGGAUCCCCGGCUCCAAAGAAAGCAAAAGCCGUGAAAUCAGCGGGGAAAGUCAUGGCGUCAGUAUCUUGGGAUUCGAAGGGUAUAUUGAUGAUUGAUUACCUUCCAAAAGGACAAAACAUAAAUGGCGAAUAUUAUGCUGAUCUACUGGAUAAAUUACAAGUUUGCACCGAGGGUGGCGUGACGGCGGAGCACGUGCGUUGUCUCCACCAGAUGGUGCCGGGCGUGGUGCACAUGCACAUGGAGACGUUGGACGCCGUGGCCAGGGAGAGCAGGCGGCUACCGCCAGUUCAGAAGCCGCGUAUCGUAGCCCCGGCGUUAGUAGCGGGUGAAACGCUAGCGGGUCCAGCGCUGCGAGCGUUUUUAGUUCCCGACGGACGUACAGCUCCUCUCUUACCAGCGGAGGGCGCUCUAUUCCUCACUAAUUACAGACUAGUAUUCAAGGGAACACCCACCGAUCCUUUCGCGUGUGAGCAAACGGUUGUACGUUCGUUCCCUGUGUGCUCUUUGACCCGCGAGAAGGCGGUGAGGACUCAUUAUCUCCCACACCUGGAGCAGUCGCUUCAGGAGGGGUUGCAGCUGCGCUCUGCCACCUUCCAGCUGAUUAAGGUGGCGCUGGACGAGGAGGUGAGCGGCGAGCAGGCCGAGGCGUUCAGGAAGCAGCUGUCUCGUCUGCGGCACCCCCCGCACCCUCUUAUGCACUUCGCGCUCGCCCCCCGCGCGCCACCACCCCCACAACACCAUCCCCCCAAACACCACACACUCAAGGGCUUCGCGAAGAAGACCUUGCUAAAAACUGCGAGGAAAGCGGGGUUGAAGCCGAAACCGUCCAAACGGCAAAAGUACGUGUUGCCGUCAGCGGACGCACGUUCACUCACGUCGCCUCCGCUAAUGUCAUCACUAUCUGCGGACACGCUAUCUUUGGAAGAAUUAGAGUUGGCUAGUGAAUCCGGUGAGCCGACAGCGGGACGUACAUUGGAGAGAUUACGUGAACGCGCGUACGCACGCGAAUGGGCGAGAUUGGGACUGGCAGCCACACCUUACAGAUUAUCGCAUGCAAACGCACUGUACACACUGUGCAGGAGUUAUCCAGCUGUUAUUCCGGUGCCGGAGAGUGUGGGCGACGAAUCUCUACGUAGGAUAUCUCGAUGCUACCGUCAGGGACGGCUGCCAGUACUCACUUGGCGGCAUCCACGUACACACGCACUUCUAGCCAGAUCGGCAGCUUCUCAUCAUAAGGGCGUAAUGGGAAUGUUGAAGGCGACACAUCCGACCCCCACCACGAAUCAGGGCGGCACUGAGACCACGUCCAGUCUGGAACAGGAGCGGUACUUGGCGACGUUAGUGGCUUGUACUCCGUCUCGGUCUGAACUAGCGGAUUCAAGUCUCAGCUUAGACUCGUUGUUGUUGGGAUGUGACGACGCACCAGCUCACACUCCACUCCUCACCAAAGCUGCGGGCACUCUAGGGGUGCUACGGAACAGUGGUGGUAAAGGUGGUGGCGGGGCGUCGAGCUCGGGGGGCGGAGGCCGGCACUUCGGUCGAUGGGGCUCGUUGAAAGAUCGCCGCCAACCAUCGCAUCUUGACUUGUACGUUCCACGACAACGUCUCUCCACUGCAGAUCAAGACUCCGUGUCUGGCGAGGGCGGUGGUUGCGGGUCCCGUCGCGCGUCAUUAUACGUAGUGUCCGAGAAGGGCGUGACCGGUGGGGGAUGCGCGGGAGUGGAACCUGUACCCGUCGAGUACCCCGACGCGCGUCACACCAAGCACGCGUUCAAGAAGCUAAUGCGCGCCGCCGUACCCUCCGCGCCCCAGCCCACCCACCAGGCCGCGGCCAACGAACCGGGCUUCCUCAAGUUGAUAGAAGAGUCCGGAUGGUUAUGGCAACUGAGGCAGUUGUUUCAACUAUCAGGCGCCGUGGUAGACCUUCUGGACCUCCAGGCUUCCUCCGUGUUACUAUCCCUCGAGGAUGGUUGGGAUGCUACCGCACAGAUAUCCUCGUUAGCACAAAUCUGCUUGGACCCAUACUAUCGUACGCUGGAAGGGUUCCGUAUACUGGUAGAGAAGGAGUGGCUAGCUUUAGGGCACAAGUUUCAGCAGCGAUCAAAUAUAGCACCCGCGCCUCAACAGGGAUUCACGCCCACAUUUCUAAUGUUUUUGGAUGCUGUACAUCAGCUACAAAAACAAUUUCCCCUGUCGUUCGAGUUCAACGAGUUCUACCUUCGUUUCGUGGCGUACCACAGCGUGUCGUGUAGAUUUCGCACGUUCCUGCUAGACAGUGAAGCGCAACGUGCCGAACUGGGAUUAGCGGCUGCUGACGACAAGCGGGCAGAUACCGCGCGUCUGGGCGUAGAAACGGGAGCGGGGCCUGAGGAAGAGGGCGCAGCGCCGUUGGGGCAGUCUAUGUUCGAUUACAUAGACCGCCAUCACCAGAAGGCACCGAUCUUCUAUAAUUUUCUCUACACACCUGACCUUGACAACCCGGUGUUAAGGCCGGUAUCAGCCCUGAACUGUCUAGAGGUGUGGCAGUACUACGUGAGCGAGGAGUUGAGUCACGGCGCGCCUUACGACCUGGAUACCCUCACACCACCAGAACUGGCUGACAUACAGCGGAGACUCGUCACCGCCGGGUACGACAGCGUGGCUCGUUGCAUGCCGGACGCGUUCUCCGGUCUGCUGGAGAGACUUCGACAGCUGGAGCUCGAGCUUGGCCACCUGCCGCAGAAGUGGCGAGUGCGAUGCGAUCAGCUCGAUCUGCCCAAUACCACCGAGCUCCAGCGCAACUCGUCGAUGUGCUCGGGCGUGGUCCGCCGCGCGACACUCGCCGCCCACAAGCGCGGCACCCGCGAGGUGUUGGUGCGCGGUAGGCUGGCGGCCGCGCCCCCCGCGCCCGCCCACCGCUGGGCCCCCGCCGCGCCCGCCGCGCCUGCCCGCUGCGACCACUGCCAGGACCUGCUGUGGGGCCCGCUCAAGUCCGGUGUGAGAUGUAUGGACUGCGGUGCCGCGUGCCACGAGCGGUGCGUGGAAUGGUUCGCGCUCUCCUGUACCAAGUACAAGGCGCCGCCGGCACCUGACCGGGAGCCGUUACGUCCCGCUGCCGGAAACAGUGUUUCUACGCUGCAAUCAUCGUCCCAGCAGUACUACGACCAGUUCUCGUCGAAUGUGGCAGAGAAUCGAACCCACGAGGGUCACUUGUACAAGCGUGGCGCUCUGCUCAAAGGAUGGAAACAACGUUGGUUCGUACUGGACUCAAUCAAGCACCAGUUGCGGUACUACGACGCGAUGGAGGACUCGCAUUGCAAAGGAUUUAUUGAUCUCGCUGAAGUGAUAACUGUGGUACAGGCGUCACCCGCGCCUGGACCACCAAAGAAAUGUGACGACAGAUCGUUCUUCGACUUACGUACGAGCCGGCGCACGUACAACUUUUGCGCAAGCGACGCAACCGCUGCACAGGAGUGGAUAGAAAAACUACAAGCCUGCCUACAGUGAGCGCAAAAAUCGCCCUUAAAAACCUCACUGUUGAGUUCGUUAAUGCAAAUCAGAGUCUUAAUAUUAUUUUUCGACCAUCGUCUAAAUAGCGCCUUUAUUUAAGUAGUUGAACGCUAGAUUUAUUAAAGACACUUUUUUUUUCUUAAAGAUCUUUUCUUGUAGCAUUCUUCAGAAUUGUUUUAGACUGAUUUUGAUACGCUGUGUUGAUUGUUGCGUUACGUACAUUUUCAGUUUUCCAAUUGUGUACUGUACUUUUCUAUAAAGAAAAAAAAAGACAGAUCUGAUGUCGCUGUCGAAUCGUCAUCGUCUAAUUACAUUUCAUGGCCGAUAAUAAUUAAAUUGGUAACUAACUUUUCUUUGUAUGCUUUCGUAAUAUUAAAAAAGUAUACAUAAGUAAAUUAAAUGUUAUUAAGAUUUCGUGGCAAAUUUGUGUGUUAAUUUUUUUUAAUGAAUUGAAAAUAAAGGAGAAAUAUCAUAUUUUAGUUUUGAGAAAAUGUUCUAGUAUUAAAAACAUAUGAUAGGGUAAACUGUAUUCUUAUUGGCACUGGUCGUCAGAUUAGUAUCGGCACAUCUUAAAGUGAUUAUUGUGAGUUGUUAUAUCCUAAAAAAUAUUUGUUAUUAACAAUACAAUUUCCUUAUGAUUGCGUUAAAAUAUUUCAAUCGUUAUUUUUAUAUUGUACCUAUACACUGGAAAUUUGUAAUGUUUUUAGCAAUCUAUGAGGUAUGUUUAAACUCCAUUUUUUACAAUUUUGACUGAAAAGGCGUAUUGAUGUGUAACUGAGUUUUGUAAAGUUUCGGAAAUAGGUGUCUACAAUAACUCUAUGACUUUGUUUGAUUCUCGAGUUAGAUGUGUGCCACUAUAUUCAUUGGACUUUUACUAUUAACAACUCAACCUAUUUCGAUGUGAUUUUCACUGUUGUGUAGGUUUUUCGCGGAAGGUUUACUGGGUCUUCAACUGAGUAAUAGAAAAGUUUACAUAUAUAAUUAAUGGUAUAAAAUUUAUACUAAUGCCUAAUGCCUAAUAACUCGUUAAAUGUUAAUUCAAGCUAAUAGAUAUAUGUUUUUUGUUAAUGGCUAAUAACUGUGUAGUUUACCCUAUAUAGGAAUAUUCCAGGACGUCCAUUACUCAUUAUACGUGUCAUAAAAUCCGAUCUCGACUCGAAAUUACUGCGUUAUAUCAACGCAGACAUAUUUAUAUCAUAGCCUGUAAUAUUAUUGUCGACAAGUAGAAUUAAACAGAUAAUUGUUACGUUGAAUAUUUGUAAAUAUUUUUAUGAUAUUAUUAUUGUUGUGUAUAGUAUUAUUUUCUAUUAUGUGUAUUUACUUGUGUUGCGCAGUAGACAGCAUGCGAGGUUAUAUGUAAUUGUCAAAUAUCUGCAAUCUAUUUUAGACUUUUAAUCUAUUGACAUCUAUUAUUAGAAAAUCGAUUGUGGAAAUUUGAAUGUUAUGUGGUAAUUUUUUAUGCUGUUGCGUGCAUGACUGGGAGUGUCCAGUUGAUAUAGACGUGGAUUUAUUUUCACGGACUUUCCUCCUUUUUAAUUGGACUAAAUAAAUUGUUUCAAUUUUUUUUUGUUUAUGAAAAUUGUGGACUUUGAUCUUUAAGAUUUCUUUUAUUAUUAUUUUAAAGUUACACAAUGAGGCACACGAAUUAGGAUCUGGUUAGCGAUAGAAUAUGUCACAGACUAAAAGACCAAAUAUGUUUGAAUUACGGUGAACUUGUCCAUGGAUUCCAUUAUUGUUAAAAUGAUAAAGCCUCUUUCCAACUGGGAUGCUCAAUCGACAUAGAUAUUUAUUGUUUUUGGAAAGUUCGUAUAUAUUUCUUCUAAACUCUGUUCCCGAGAGUUGUUAUCGUCGCUCAAUUAUCGAAAUCUUAUGGUACGAGGCUCGCAAGUAUUAUCAAGCGUGAAACUAUAGAAAAUGCCUCAAGUUAUUCUCAACUUAUAUGUAUAAAGGGUGUUAGGAGUCCUAAUAAUGUGCUAAUACUAGACGAAUAAAUAAUAUUGAAUUUGAGUUGAACUCCUGCUUUCCGUGUUGAAAAUUAUUUAAUUGUAUUAAUAAUAGAACCCUAAAGUAUAGAUUAUUUAUUAUAAAUACGCUAAAAGCUGUUGAAGCGUGUUCUAUAUUGAUAAAAUCAAUAACUCUAUUGCUGCGACUUUGAUUUUCAUAUGGGAUUAACUAUUUUUUUAUCGCGUUUACGUUUACAUUUUUAUGGAAUAGAAUCACGUAACUUUUGGAUGAUAUUUCUAUUGGGAAUCAAUUGCGCAUUCCAGUUGAUUAAGAUGUGACGAUAAACGUUCAUUCGUUUAAUGUAAAUAAUAAAAAUAUAUGAAGAGUUUAUCAUCCAUUGUAAGUUGAAGGAAGUUCAAUAACAUUCCGUAUAUUUUUAUUAUUGAAAAGUUUAUUUAGAAGCAAGAGCAUCUUUUAAUUUAAAAUGUAUAUAACAUUGUAAUUAAUUAUUUCAGAGAUAUUAUUAUUUUUAUUACUGGCCGGCAGCCAUUAGUCGAUAAACAAUUUUCGUUAUAAAUAUAUAUAUUCGGUUCAUGGUGCAUUUUCAAUGGUCCACGGCGACCAUAGGCUGGGGUACGGGAAGAUUUCUGUAACGUAUCAAAUAAUGCGGCAUUGAAAUUGCGCAAUUGUCUGUUUACCACCCUUGUGGCUCAUUUACACUGGUUGAUAACGUACGCGGGCCAGGUGAGGGCGAUUUGCUCGCUUUCAUUGGUCGGUCAUUGUUUUAUUCGCUGUCAGCCAGUGUAACUGAACCAUUGGACGUUACCUUUCCUAUGCGAUACUCGUCGAUCAUUGAAAAUGAUAUCUCAAUGAUGUUUUGUAAAUAGGUUUCGUUUCACAUAUCAGUCUCGUUGGUCGUAGAGACGAUCUGUACAGUCAACAGCACGUCAGGUUAUACAGAAAUGUCAAGAUUCUAAACUAUAUUUUAAACUUUAAUAGAUUUUGUGUAGAGUUCAAAAUCGAUGAAAUAUGUCAUAUCGUGAUAACCCGACGUGCAUCCGUGUGUACAUAGUCCAGUGACUACUCGUCCGUAUGUUUGAAUUACUCCCACAAUAUCACGGUUAGAUUAAAAAAAAUAUUAGCAUACUGUAUUGCACAUGAAACAUGAUACAGCUCACGGAUAGUUACAAAGUUAAUAAAAGAUUGUGCAUUAGCAGAAAUUAUUUCUUAAGUUGAGAAAUGAAUUAAAAUUGAAUAACGAUAUUAUGUAGAAGUAGUUGUAACUUUGAAAAAGGUUUUUUUUUUUAUUAACAGAACUGACUCACUUAUAUAGGGCUCUUUGUAAAACGCAGAACUGACAUCGUAAAUAACAAUGUCCGUUCUACCACUUUUGAUAAUAAUUUAUGCAAAAAUUGAAUUUUAUUUACCGCGCGAAUGUUAAAAACUUUACGUGUAAUAUCAGUAUGUUACUAUAAUAAGAUACUUCACUCAGCGCGCGAGCAUAGAUGUAUAUAUGUAAUGACAGCACAAUAUAAAACCUAAUUGUUCAUUUAAAGUUACAAUUCGUAGAUAAAAUGUUGUCGUUUAAAAAGUUAGCUAUCUAAUCCUGCGAGGUGUCAUACAAAUAACACUAUGCUACAAAUUAUAAAAAGAGUACUAUUUUAGUAUCCGAUCAAAAUAAGAUAAGAUUUCAUUCAUUUCAUUUUCAUUUUACAUGUAGAAAUUUAUUUAUUCACUUAACAUUGGCAGAAUUGUGCGAAAUGCGCAGAUAAGCCAUUAAUAAAAGAAGAAGAAGAAGUCGACUCGUCUCAAUAUGACGUUUUAUCUUCUUCCAAUGUAUAUUUGCUUUAGGCGGCCAAUUAUUUAAUGAUUGAUUUAAUCUAAGUACCAAAUUUAAUCCCCGCUUUAUAAUAAGACGGUGUAUUGAUUUUAACCUUGAUGUUGAUGGAACGUAACGGAACAUUUGUAUCGUGCUUAGAUCCGGUUCGCAAGGACGAGGAAGUCACUGUCGUAAUACAUUGUGCAUUAGUAAAUAACAGUGCUGCUAAUGCGUUAUACAUAUGCAGCAUUGGGCUUAAAAGCGCAUUUUGACUUGCGCGUGAAACGUGUCUUCUGAAAAUGUUCUUCUGGCAAUCAGCCUCAAGAGAUUAAUCGUGCCAAAUUUGCACAGAGUGCAUUCGAUUGCUCACGACGAUAUUGAUUUAAGCACGCUUGCUCGAUGUAGUAAUUGAAUGUUAUAUCUAUGUUUUGAGCUUAGCCGGAUGUAGGCGGGGCGACAUGUUUGAUACUUAAUAAAUUAAAUAGGACCAAUGUACAAAUGCACGAAUACAUUGAAAAGUGCGGCGAAAUCUAGAGCUGUGUAGUAAUUGAAGUGUGUAAUAGCUGUUAAUAUUGUUUUUUUUUGUUCAUCGACAUUACCAAGUCCCGCUCGAACUAUCCUUUGCCACAUUCAGUCCUAACUCCCACCAUAUUACGUUCUAGCCACCGUUUCAUAUCACAUUUACUCCUAGGCAUUCCUUGUCCUCUACCCCGUCCUAUUCUAACUACCCAUUGUCCAUUCCAGGUACUCCCUUGUCUCGUUUAAUUGACGUAGUCAUUUCUGGUAGACAAUGUGGUAGAAAAUAUUUCCAUAUAUUUAAAUUUGUAGUACAAUUGAGUGAGUAUUUUUCAUUUACGUUUUUCCGCUUGGUUUCGGAUUCAUCUUCGACUAUCAACUGUUUUAUUUUGUGAUUGCCCUAAAACAAGUGUCACCGUCGACUCGCACACUACUUUCAACUGUAUUGAAAAAGUUGCAUUGUAUCGCCUCGCCUAAAUCUUGUAUGCGAACAGCAGUUUAUCAUUAGUUUCGUAACAAGUGUCGUACUUUGUAAGCUUCAAAAACUCGCCAUAUCGUACGGAUCUAUUGAACUAUCACGUUUUAGCGAGUGAUAUCAGAAUUAAUUAGAAUAAGCUUCGCUUUGCCGGUCAAAAUUGAUAUGUAACUGUGAUGCCUAUUGCUGUACACCUCUCAAACCCUAGUGUAUAUUAGUGCAAUAUUAAUAUGAAUGUGGCUAGUGUACCGUGUACCUCGAUUGUAGUGUCACAAUAUUAUAUACUCAUUGUACAGCGGUAGGAUAAAUCGAUACCCGUGUAACUCUGCACUGCGUACCAUCAAAUAAACAGAUCGACAUUU